UGAUGUGACCAGAGGACACAGUGAAGUGCUUGAUAAGGGUCCUCACCUCUUUUAACCUUUUGGUAGCUUGUGAAUGAUAAUGACAAUUAAAAUUGCCUGAGCCAUCUUGGAAAUCACAAAUGUAACCAAGAGAGGAUUGAUACUAAGACCUUGGAUGAGGGGGGGUGGACAUUCUAGGAAAUGUUGACAUAUGAUAAAACCUGUUUGUGAGGGUUGUGUAUAUGGAGGCUUCUCUGUACCUUUUUGACCCUCUACACACGCAUACACGGUGAGUGACACACCUCCUUUCUCGCUAUGCUGGUGGUGUUUUUUUUUAUUUUUAGCACAGAUCGAGUUUCCAGUCCCCCGAUUCAGCAGCCUGAGGUGCUCAGCAACACAACUCCCCUGUCCUAGAGCAGUUUCUUCCCUGCUUGGCUAUGCAGCACAGACGUUGAUCCUCUGUUUUGAAAUGGAGCCGUGAAGUUACGAAUGCUGGAGACAGUCAGGGAGUGAGAUGACAGAGGAUGCCUGGAAAAUCUAAAGAUCAUUUAAAACUGCCAAGUCAUUGUGAUGCUCUGCUAUCGAUUUGAAAGGAUAGAGAGAAAACUGCUGGCUGAAAAUCAAAACUAAAAAGCAGCUACAGUCAAGGUGACUUGUCAUCGGCUGUGUUUCUGUAAGUGGCCUGGAGGAGGGGAUAUCCAAUGUCCUACAGGCUGCAUCCUACAAACAAUACUGCAGGACACCAUAUGAAACGAUGCAGCGGCAGGAGGCGAGGGGAAGCUACUUCCAGGCACAUAUCUGUCUUUGUCUGAGACUUCAACUCUUGCUAAGAUGAGCCUGAUUAUGCAACAUGCAAGCUGGAAGUCUACCAAACAAGGGAGAAGAGCAAACGAUUACUGAAGAAAGAAAGGGACGCCGGACAUUGCAAGAAAUGCAGAAAACCGAAAAGCGAUAAUAAAGCAUUUAGUCACUCCUUACAAACGCAUACACUGGACAAUCUGGAACCUGGAAUAAAUUGCCUAAAGAACACAAAAGCCUGUCAAACUUUUCGCCAGACUUCCUCCCAGCUUCCUGUUUCAUCUACUUUUCAGUGUGAAGAAACACUGUGUGUAACACUUUUUUAACUUGAAGCGGAUAUGCAGAAAAUACUUGAUAAUCUUAACUGAUGGUUAAUGUUAUCUAAUAAUAUGAGUCAAAUUCCCCAGAAGGAUUGUUUGAUGUUUCAACCCAUCCGGUUUUAAAAAUAUAUCAAAUGCAAGCGUGACUAGACCAUCUUGGCCCGUUAUGGGUGAGUCUCAACUAUAAAGAUGCAACAAGCCCUUGUUGGUUCCCUUCUCUUGAUCGAAACAGACAAAUAAGACGAGUAUGUCUUCUCCUGUUGGACUAGAAGGCAUUACUCUGGCUCAGCCCAUUCCCGUCCCAACACUGACUGUCCUGCCACCAUCCUCAGAUACAGAAUCCUGGUCUCGCUCGCCCAGCCCCAGACAGUCCCGUUCUAGCCGAUACGGUCGAUCCCACCGCAGCAGGACACGGACCAAGAAGCGAAAUGAGGAAGAGCAAAGCAGCACUACUAAGCGACAAUGGGGUAAAAAGCUAAUUAUUAUAAAGGAGCCAGUGGAGAAGGGCAACAUUCCACAUAGAAGUCCCUCGCCUACCUCCUCUGUGGCCACUCAGAUGGGAGAUGAAGAGCAAGGUCAGGAUAUCCCUUCACAGGACCUCCUCCUGCCACCGUCUCGCUCCUGGUCUCGUAGUCCCUCUCCCAGCCGACGCUCCCGUUGGUCGUUCAGGAGCCUGCUCACUAGAGAAUCUGACUUGGAGAGCUGCAGUACGGCCAGUAACUCUCCACGCAGCACCCCCGGCAGCUCACCCUCCCUGCGGCGCAGGGUGCUUGGGGGUAGCAGCAGGGCCAGUGAGAGCGAGGGUGGAGGAGAGAAGAGCGGCGGCGGGGGAGGCGGAGGCGCCGACAGCCCCUUGCCCUCCAUACCUUCUGCCUCUUCCCUCACAUCCGCCUACCCACUUGCUUCUCGACACUUCAGCCGCAAUGCCAAGAAAAUGCAGAGCUGGUACAAUGUUCUCAGUCCUACAUACAAACAGCGGAACGAAGAUUUUCGUAAACUCUUUAAAAAACUUCCUGACACAGAGCGACUUAUAGUGGACUAUUCGUGCGCUCUGCAGAAGGACAUACUGCUUCAGGGCCGCCUUUAUCUGUCGGAGAAUUGGCUUUGUUUCUACAGUAACAUCUUCCGCUGGGAAACCACUAUCACUAUCCUGCUGAAAGACGUGACCUCUAUGACAAAGGAGAAGACUGCCAAGCUCAUCCCAAACGCCAUCCAGAUCAGCACUGACAAUGAGAAGCACUUCUUCACAUCUUUCGGAGCAAGGGAUCGCAGCUUCAUGAUGAUUUUCCGUCUGUGGCAGAACGCACUGCUGGACAAGUCUCUAUCUCCCAAAGAGCUGUGGCACAUUGUGCACCAGUGUUACGGCACGGAGCUAGGCCUCACGAGUGAAGACGAUGACUAUGUCUCCCCCACUGCCGAGCACAUGAACGGCCUACUGCCAGGAGACGAGUCAGUGUCGGUAACAGAUCUACUCGACCUGAGCUCAGUGUCGCUUCCCUCUAUGGGCAGCUCUCUCCCUCCCCUGCCCUGCGGUCCAGCCAGCCCUCUCGCAGCUACAAACUUCGGGGGCUCCUCUCCGUCUCCCUCGGCCUCCUGUCUUCCCAUAGAGGUGCCUUCGUCAUCUGGACGCAGACUCAGCUCUGACCCCCUCGAUCAGAGCCCGCCCAGCUCCCAAAGCUCGCUGCCGUCCACCACUCCCACACACGCCUCCUCCUCCGCACCCGCCUCUGCUGCUGCCUCCUUUAGUCUGGAAGAGGGUGGCGACAGCCUGUCCGAGUCAGCCAAUCACAUGCUGCCCCCGUCAACCACCAGUCUGGGAAACCUUUCCUCAUUGGACAUCACCAUCGAUGAAGAACUGCCCACAGACCCCAGCAACUCCUCUGACACGCAAGAAGAGAGUGAGGUGGAGUCGUUCUGCGCUGAUCUGAGGGGGCGAUUGCACAUCAACGCCCCGGUCCGCAUGAGUGUAGACAAGUUGCACGACCUGCUCUUUUCUGCGGACACACACUUCAUCCAGCACCUUUUCUCCCAGCGACACUUUACUGACCUCUCUGUGGGUGAAUGGCAGCCGGACAUCAGCAGUGGGACGACGAGCCGUGUGCUGAGCUACACCAUCGCCCUCAACAAUCCCCUCGGCCCCAAGACUGCCCCUGUAGUGGAGACGCAGACGUUGCAUAAAAGCAGCGCGCGGGGCGAGUGUUUCGUGGUAGACUCGGAGGUCAUCACCUCAGGUAUCCCCUACCAGGACUACUUCUACACCGUCCACAGAUACUGCCUCACCUCCAUCAACAAACACAAGAGUCGGCUCCGAGUUUCCUCAGACAUCUGCUACAGGAAGCAGCCGUGGAGCCUGGUGAAAGCGUUGAUAGAAAAGAACACCUGGAGCGGCAUAGAGGAGUACUACAGACACAUGGAGAGCGAAGUGAGCAAGCUCGAGACGCUAAUGCAAACAGAGGUUACCGUGGUUACCACAGGCGAAGCAGUGGGUGCGGAUGCUGCCAAGACUCCCCCGUCUCUGCGCCGCCGCAAACGCACAUGCUCUCGACGGCAGGGCGAGAAGGACCGAGAGAGGGAAGGAGGAGGCAUGGGCGGCGGAGACCGAGGGGACAGAGGAAUCGGGGAGGACAGGGAUCGGAGGGAAGCCAGUGGUCAGUUUAUAAAACUAGGAGAGCGCUCACGUGGUGGAGGACCCAACAGUAUAUCCACCAUCCUCCUCAUCGUGAGCUUCAUUCUGGUGGUGCUGGUUGCUCUCAACAUGCUGCUCUUCUACAAACUGUACGCUCUGGAAAGAGCGGCCCAUACACUGGAGACAUGGCACUCCUACUCUGUUGCUGACAGUCCUUUGCCUCAGACAGCUGGAGAGUGGGCUCAGGUUUUGCAGCUUCAGAGGCAGUUUCACCAGGCUCAGCUCAGCAAGUGGCAGCAGAUCCUGCAGUCCUCGGUCAUGCUUCUUGACCAGAUGAAGCAGUCUUUAGAAAAGCUCCACCAUGGCAUUGUGGUCCCAGAGGUGCAGCAGGAUCCCCCUGAUGAAACCCUCAAAGAGUCCAUGACUGAUGCCUGAGGCCCCACCUCUACCUGGCUGUCUCCCAUCUCUGAACACACCCUGGUAGACUUUAAAAAAAAAGAAGAGUGCUACUGGUCGACUUUGAUCGGGACUGUUUGCUCUUUUUAUCAUUUCCAAAUCAAAAACCAGUAGAGGGUGACAGAGGGGGGGGGGGGACUACAUUACCCACAACUCUCCUCUCCUGACUGACUUGAAAUGGCGACGUUCGCCUCCAGCCUCAACCAGUAACAUCUUCAGUGAACUCAUUCGGACUGGACGCUUUCAGGACCACAGCAAUAAUUUAGCUACAGCUGCAAGUCACCUGUACGUAGAGUUUGGAAACGGGUCACUGGUGGGCCCAAUCCAACCCUCCACUCCUCAACAAUCUCAGAGACAUUUCAAAAUAGCCAACCAUGUUUCAGAAAAACUUAGAUUCCGACCUCCUUCAUUUUCAGAACCUCAAAAGACAUUUCACAGGGAUCAGUGACUCUGGAAAGCGGGAGCUCUUCCUCCUAGUCCUGGAAACAGUUAGCCCCUUUAGUGAACGCCUGUUGUAAACAAGAUGGAUGUGACAAACAAACACGCAGAAAGAGACGGGAGCAGGACGCCUCUCUCUGUCUUUCCUUCACAGAUUUGCUCCUCCAUGUCCGAGUUGAUCCCCACUUAAAAAGCUGCCAUUCCUCUGAAAGGGGAUGAGGAACAUUUCAACAGCCGACAAUUUAGUUUUCACCUUUUUAGAUGUGAAAUACGCACCUGCAGAUUAAUCUCAACCACCAUCCCACUCCUCCCUGUCUUUUUCGGGGGUUUUAACUUUUUUCAAAAUCAGUGCGUGGGGUCGUUUGUUAGGACAGGAAGCUGCGUCUCACUGGACUGUUACAGUAUUUAUUAUUACCAAUGACUUGAUCUGAAGUCCUGUCCUGCUCUUAAGAAGUUAUAUGGUGGGUAUUUUUUGCGCUCUGAUAUGCUGUUGCAGUGCGGACCAAGAGACGAGAACGAUUACUGGUCACAGCAAUAAUGACAAUAGUGAUGCUAGUACUUUUUGAAUGUUUCAAACACAGUAGUAUAUAAUAAUAAUAAUAAUAAUAAUAAUAAUGAUGACGUGUGUGAAUGUGUAGAGGCAGUGAAAAAAAACAAGCAAAGAAGAAGACUGAUGUGUGCGUGUGUGUUCAUGAGGAGUCCUCAAUGUUUCAGAUGUUACAUUUUCGUAUUAGCGUUUAUUUGAGUUUUUCUUUUUUGAGAUUUCUCUUUCUUGUUUGGUUGCACACUCUUUGUAUCGCAGAGCCAGAGCAUAAAAGCUCAGGAUUUACCGUAGACUUGAUAAAAAAAAACAGAACAGUCCGCUACUCUGUUGUCCCACUGGGCCGGACGUCUCCAAACAAGAGGACCAACCAGAGUUUAGUAGGCCCAGGUGAAGAAAAAGGGAAUCUGUUUUGCAGUAUUGUUUUUUGGUGUGUUUGUAAAUUUAACUUGACUGACUUGUCAACUGUUUUUAUUCAGUUCAUUUUCUAUCUUUAUAACUUUGUCGUUUAUUUUCAGCCUGUUCCACUCCAAUCUGUCCUCCGCCCGUGUAAAAACAUCUCUCUCUUUCGUUGAUUUCUUCUUCACUGAACCCGACUCUUCCUCUCUUUCCUCUAUGUGCUCUCCCCCUUUUACCCUCUCUCUCUAUCUCUCUCUCUCUGUUUUACUGAAAAUGACGGCAACAGAAGCAUGUGGGCCACGCUGUGCAUGGCCAUCCGCUGAUAGCAAAUGGUGUAAUAUUUAUUGAGGGACGGGGGGAGGGUCUGGGUUUUUGGGUGGAUGAUGAGAGAGAGAGAGAGAGAUGGAUGAGUAGCGGGGCUUGAUAAUGUACUGUAAAGAUGUGAUUGUACACCGCGCCAUGGAGAGAAAUGAAAAGUUCUGAAACAUACAACAACUCCCUCGCUCGUCUUUGAGUCUGUGUCUGUCUUUACCUUCUCAAAGUCUGCAGUGGAUUGUGAGGGAACUGUUGUUAUUCCUUUAGAUUAUUCUGUCUGUUAUUAGGUUCAAAAUAAGUUUUGGAUAGGGAAAAAUAAGUCCAUAAUCACAAAACCCCAAAGCCUAAAAUGCAAGAUUAUAAUUUCUUUUGUCCAACCACGUUUCUAAAAUCCUAAAAGUUCAGUUAAUAUUAUCGAAGACAAAGAAAAAGCAAAUCUUUAGGUUUGAGAAGCUGCAAUAUGUUUUACCUGGGAGACUUUAGUUAUUAUUGGCUGGUGUUUAUUUAAGAAGUGAAGCAUGGUAUGUUAAGCUUAAUGUUAGGCUAAGUGACACAAACACAGCUACCUUUUUUAUCUACCAUGAAAAGAAAGACAACUGAUUUUCUCACAUUUUAUUUAUUUAUUUGACGUGCAUCACUUUGCUUUUCGUGGCAAGCAACAUUUCCACACACAAAGUUAAAAAAAUGCAGUUUUAUUUGUUGUUGAAAGAAAGGGGGGCCAAACCAACAAUGUGGGGAGCAGUGAGAGUUUCAUUUUGCAUUAAAGGUGUAUUUAAUUAUUCAAACUAAACUUAAAGUAAAACUUUCUGACAGCAGUGUGUAACAUUUCUUAAAUUGAGUGGCUUUCACUUAUCAUAUCAGCUUGUAAACCAUAGGACAGUCUGUGUUUGUACUCCUUCCACGUCAGUCAGCUUGCAGUUACUCUGUAGUAUUGGUUACAUAAUAGCCCGUGCGUGUCCCCUUAUAUUCUCAAUUUUUAUCAAACUCAAGAGUUGGUACAGAAAGUAUUUUGAACAGCAAUCGGGGUGUUUGGCUGCCCUCUAAGUGUUCACUGUCAGUCAACUGGCCAGCUGGAAAAAGAAGUAAGUCGUUUUUAUUUUAUUAAAAGCACUAAAGAUUUGUAAGAAGGCUUCACCUCUGUCCUUUCCUUUUUUUGGUUUUCACUGGUUUCACCCUGGGAGGCACACUGGACAGGAUGUGUGGGGUGUUAGCCCACAGCAGUUAGAUCAAUACACUUAGACAUUUGUUUCAUAUUACAGUGGAAAGGUUUCAACUUCGUUAAGAAAUUCAGCUGAACGUGGCAGCUUGUUAUGUCAAUUCGUAUAGUUGGGUGAAGCUGAUUUUUUUGGUGAGCUAUGAAUUGAUCUGGUGCAAUACAUUUGUUAGACUUUGGCGUCAGGGGCAGUUUUUGCUCUUGACCACCAGGGGGUGGAGUGUUUCGCAUUCGGCUUUAAUUCAAAGGUAAUUCCACUGAAAUAUAUCUUUGUUCUUCCACUUUGAUCCAUGAUCAUCAGGAUCUCUUGGGGAUGUAGAGAAACAAUAAAAAAACCUUACUGUUGUCUGAAAAGUUAAAGGGGCCUUAUUCUGCUCAUUUUCAGGUUCAUAUUUGUGCCUCUACUGUGAAAUGUUUCCAUGCUUUAAUGCUCAAAAAGUUCUUUAUUAUUCUCAUACUGCCUGUGCUGCAGCACCUCUUUUCACCCUCUGUCUGAAACCAGAGCGCAGUCUGCUCUGAUUGGUUAGCUGGCCAAAUCUGUGGUGAUUGGUCAACUGUUAGAGAUGUCCCACCUCUUAGCUAUCACGUACAAUGUUUUGGAGCAUAAGCUAACAGAAGCGCGAGUGAAACACAGUGAUGUCACUGUUUUAGAAGUAUACAAACGAAUCCAUUCAGGGCGUUUCAUGCAGGGAGGGGAGUCAGUGGGAGAGAAACUCCUUCUGGAGAAAACUUUGGGAUUUUAGCCUUUGCAGAACAUUAACAUGCACCUAUCAUAUCAACGUUCUCAUACCAGCUUAAUUCAAAUAUGUAUGUAAAACAUGGUGAAAGAGGGUUGGAUUUUCUGCACUCUGGGGUUUAAGUUUAGACUUUGUCCAGCUGUGAGAACACUGCUGAUAUAAAGACUUAUUAUUGUUUCUCA